GAAAACACAACAUGUUAUUCAGUGAGGUUUGUGUUCAUUCCCGUGCUGUUUCUGGAGGUUACAUUAUAAUGCGAGACACAGCUGAGUAGCAAAUGUUCCACAGCGGACGGACAGGGAGAAAGUUUUGAAAGUUUGCGCGAAACUUCGUGACCGAGCAUCUCACGCGUGGAUGACAUUCUGUGUUUUACACACACUCACACACAUACUUUGAAUCGGAAAGUGUAGCUUUUUUCGGCACAGUGAAUUAAAAUCUCUACACAGCACGGACUACAGGACAUUUACGGGACCAAAAAAGGGAAGUGUUGGGAAUUUCUAGAAACAGCCGUCCCGGGCUGACGUCACUGGGACGGCUCCUCUACUCUGGAGAUGGUCUGCACACUCGGUCGCGGGGGAAGAGUUACUGAACAAGGCAGAAUGAGCAAAGUCCUGCUUUUUGUCUCCUCGGUCCUGCUGUGUUGCUGCCGGACCACACGGGCAGAGAUCUUUACAUCCAUUGGCCAAAUGACAGACCUGAUCUACACAGAAAAGGAGCUGGUUCAGUCUCUGAGGGAGUACAUCAAAGCAGAGGAGUCCAAGCUGGCCGCUGUAAAAAGCUGGGCCAAUAAACUUGAUGCCCUGACCCGAGUGUCCACCGCUGACCCAGAAGGCUACCUGGCUCACCCAGUGAAUGCCUAUAAACUGAUGAAGAGACUCAACACUGAGUGGUCUGAACUGGAGAGCCUGGUACUUCAGAAUCCCGCUGAUGGGUUCGUCUCCAACAUGUCCGUACACAGACAAUAUUUCCCAGACGAGGAAGAUGAGACGGGUGCAGCCAAGGCGUUGAUGCGCCUGCAGGACACGUACCAACUGGAUUCUGAAGCCUUCUCCAAAGGAAAGCUGCCAGGUGUGCACUCCAAUGCUGUACUGACCGUGGAUGACUGCUUCGACAUGGGAAAGACGGCUUACAACGAUGCAGACUAUUACCAUGCCGUGCUGUGGCUGCAGCAGGCCUUGAAACAGCUGGACGAUGGCGAGGAAGCUGUGGUUUCCAAGGCAGACAUUUUGGACUACCUCAGCUACUCUGUUUACCAAAUGGGUGACCUCCCUCGAGCCAUUGAACUGACGCGACGGCUUGUAGCUAUUGAUCCCAGCCACCAGAGGGCAGGAGGAAACCUCCGUUAUUUUGAGCAGCUACUGAUGAAGCAGCUCCGUGAGAUGAACCAAGACUACCAGCCUCCAUCUGAGGAGCCCAUUCAGCUGGGAACCUACAGUAGACCCAAAGACCAUCUCCCAGAGAGAGAGUCCUAUGAGGCUCUGUGCAGAGGAGAGGGGAUCCAAAUGGUUGCAAACUAUGGCGUGGGAGGACAGUAUGAGCCACAUUUUGACUUCUCCAGGAAAGAUGAGCCAGAUGCUUUCAAAAGAUUAGGCACUGGAAAUCGUGUGGCGACUUAUUUAAACUACAUGAGUGAUGUUGAGGCAGGAGGUGCCACAGUCUUCCCUGACUUUGGAGCAGUAAUCUGGCCAAGAAAGCUACUGAAGGUUCCAGUGAGCACUGUUGGGGCCAUAAUCCUGGAAGUGAAAAGAACACCAGUUCACCAAACACAGCCAAGGAAACUCUCAGUUGGUUUCAGAGAAGGAAUUAAAGCUGGUGGAAGCUGGCCAGUCACCUGA